GCAGCUCUUCGCACAGGGCAAAAAUGAGCAGCAGCAUCAACAGGUUAAGUAGCACCGAGACCACCCAUCCAGAUGCUUGGCCCAGAAGCCCAGCUCCUCUGAACAUGAACCACUAUGCCAAUAAGAAGAGUGCAGCUGAGAGUAUGCUGGAUGUGGCCCUGCUGAUGGCCAAUGCCUCCCAGCUAAAAGCUGUCCUGGAGCAGGGGCCAAGCUUCCACUUUUACACCCCCACCAUCACCCUAAUCAGCAUCUCUCUGUGUCUACAGAUCACAGUCGGGGUCCUGCUUAUCUUCAUAGUUCGAUGGAACCUGAAUGAUGAGCAAAAACACCAGAGGCUGAACUUCAUGGAAAACUUGGCUACAGGUCUGGUGUUCAUCAUCGUGGUGGUCAACGUCUUCAUCACAGCUUUUGGAGUCCAUCGAACAAAUUACAGCAACUGACCACGCACACACACACAGGCACAUCUAUGUAUGUGUGUAUGCAUUAUUUUCACAGUCUUUCACUGCUCCCCUCUCUCUUUUCAAACAGGUAUUUUCUCUCCUGCCUUACUAUGCAGUUUGCUCCUAAAAACUUUCAUGUCGUCAGCAUGUUUUUGCUCUACUCCUCUUCUGACCGGACCUUCACAAUCACCUACAUGACCUACAAACACAGUGACCUCUCCAGGCUCGCAGAGAAAUUUCCACCAGAAAACAACUCGAACAAAAUACACAGCUGUUCAUUUACCAGAAAAUCAUUGUCCCACAUGGCUGCAGGCACCGAGAGAAAAUAGCGAACAAGAGAGAAACAGCCGUAGCGACAAAGAGGUCUGUCAAGCAAACAGCAGGUGAUGAAGGCCACAGACAUGAAGAGGAUUAUGCCUGAACUCACA